AUUCAUGGUUUCCUCUCCGUAAGAGAAGUGCAUUUAGAUAAGACAGAAGGAUUUUACAGAAAGAAAGAAGCAAAGGAAGAAAAAAGAAGGAAAGAAAAGAGAGGGAGAGAGAAAGAGGCUAUACACAUUUAACAGGAUUUUUCUAAAAGCAUCCCAACAAUCUGAGGAGGAGUUAUCUCAGAUCAGCAUCUUGCCAGAUGUUUUACAAGGACUCAGCUCUCUGACCUCUGAUGAAGAGGUGGCUUAACACGGAGUAUUUUUGCUGUUUUAGAGCAAAAUUCUUUCUUCCUUUAAGACAGUUUUUUUCCUGACUGAAAUAAUUUUAAAGUCACGUUUCAAAGAGAUUUCAGCAACUCCUUUGCAAGAUACGUAAAUUUCAAAGAUACUUUUUUAAUCCUGAAAACCUUAAGGGCAAAGUGCUGAAUGUUUUAAAGUUGACUGGAAGUAAACAAACCUCAGAAAAGCAUUAACUCUUUACUUUAAAUUAUAAACGCUUUUGGGCAACUAAUUUAUCCUUUCAUUUAUUAAGCUUUGAAAAGACAGCUGUUCACGUUACCUGUUGAAUUUGAAGUUGAUCCUGUGUAAAUUGAACUUCUUGUCAAUGAACAGUUUUUAGGCUUCAGCUGAAUUUUCCCACAGAUUUGCCAAGCUGCUGUUGCAAAGCUUACACAGAUAUUUACAAUUUUGAAAGAGAAAAAGAAGGAAAGACAGAUGACUCAGAAAGAAGGAGGAACAGAGCAGGGGCGCCUUAAAACAGAGGAAGGUCUAAGGACCAAAACCAUGGCUGGGGCCCCCUCGGCUGGCGGAGGAGUGGUGGUGGAGGUUCGGGAGAAGAAGGGACCUCUCCGGGCUGCAAUACCCACAAUGCCUUUCCCCGUGGCUGUCAUUUGUCUUUUCCUGAACACCUUCAUACCUGGGCUUGGAACCUUCGUCUCGGCGUUCACCGUGCUGUGCGGCGCACGCAGCGAGCUGAUCUCAGAGAGAGGCGUGUGCUGCGUGUUCUGGCUCAAUGUGGCAGCUGCCCUCAUCCAGAUCCUGACAGCCGUCAUAAUGGUUGGGUGGAUCAUGAGCAUCUUCUGGGGAAUGGACAUGGUCAUCCUGGCGAUUUCUGACGGCUGUAGAGACCAAGGUAUCCCUCAAGAUGUUUGAGACGGGUCUCUCUCACAUUUACUGACGGAUCAUAUGAAGCUGGCCCAACAAAACCACAAUGAAGGAAAACCUUGAACGACUUUCGACUUGAUAUUGAGUCGACAACAGCGUAUGGCAGAGACGUGUAAAAAAUGAAUGGAUAUGAAUUGACUGAUGGCUGGCUGCUGAUUUGGUCGACACCAGACUUUAUAUUUAAAAAGAAUUUGGACAUUUAAAAAAAAGAAAAGGAUCAUUUUGUUUUGUCUUAGAGAGAAAUGUUUUUCUUGGCUUUUGUUUUUGUCAAAAAGGAAUAACUGCUAGUGUUUGACUUCAGCAUUAGCUUGAAAAAAUAGUGAAAAUCCAGUGAAAUUGUAAAUCCAACAACGACAAAAAAUUAUUUUAUAUGAUCAUAUGCGGGCUGCACAGUGGCGCAGUUGGUAGAGCUGUUGCCUUGCAGCAAGAAGGUCCUGGGUUCGAUUCCCGGCUGGGGUCUUUCUGCAUGGAGUUUCAUGUUCUCCCUGUGCAUGGUGGGUUCUCUCCGGGUUCUCCGGCUUCCUCCCACAGUCCAAAAACAUGACUGUCAGGUUAAUUGGUCUAUCCAAAUUCUCCCUGGGUCUGAGUGUGUGUGUGAAUGGUUGUGUGUCCUGUGUGUCUCUGUGUUGCCCUGCGACAGACUGGCGACCUGUCCAGGGUGAACCUCGCCUCUCGCCCGGAACGUUAGCUGGGGAUAGGCACCAACAACCCUCCUGACCCCAUUAGGGACAAAGGGUAAAUAAAAAAUGGAUAGAUGGAUGGAUGAUCAUAUGCUGUUUGUGAAAUUUGACUGGAGGCCAAAUCGUUGUUUCCACUGCUGAACUGGAGUGUCACAUUAUCUCUGGUUUCUCUUACGAGGUAUACUCUCCGCUUAUAGAGCUGCAGAUUAGCACAGGCUAGGGCAUUAGCAUAUUUUAGUCCUAAAUCUUGCAAUAUGUUUAACCUCCCCAUUAACCUCCCCACCACUCUUAAAAAUCUCUUAGCACUUUCAUUGUUAUUAUGAUUAAAAGAAGUGCCAGUGGUGGAUAGUUUGUUAGCACAAACUAAUGAACUCAGUGUGUUACCAAACAAACACAUCUUUCUCAAAUGUGCUUUAUGUUUAUUUAAAACUAUACUUUUUAAAAAUAAAUAAAUAAAUUCAUUACAAAAAUGUUUGCUGAGGAUAUGAUCUUAGUAGUUCAAAUGUGCUUGUUUAAGUUUUCUUUCCAAAAGGAUUCAUCUUUCCCCAUUAUUUAAUUUGAAUUUUCACGCAUCCUAAAUGUGUAAAUCUGUGCCAAUGGGAUUUUACACAUUAUUCAAGCUUCAAAUCUAAUUAGCAAGUCUUAAAAUAGCAGCUCUUUGCGCUUGACGUGGCCACAACCCCGACGGUCACUUUAAAGAAAAGACUAAGCCUGAGAGAUUGUGGCUGGUUACAGGUCUGCACUGUCAUCAAUACAACACUCCCAAUGUUGGAGACUGAAUGUGGGACAGUACCAGCAAAGGAAUCUGAGAGGGCAUUGGGUUAAAAGUGAGAAAAGUCUAUAAACUAUUCUCAAUCAAUCAUCAGAAGGUUCUUUUGGAAUCGUUGCUCUGAACAAGAGCUUUCUCAUGGUCGCCAGACAGUGAACUGCGUCGUUGGCUUGUUUCCAGGAACUUUAUCAGAGGUCAAAGAGCAUCCUGAGACCAAAUAGCUUCAACAAACUUGAGCAGUAAAAACUCCAGGAUCCGGAGCCAGACCAGGGUCAAGAGCUAAUAACUUCUGGAUCUGGAUCUGCCUCAUAUUUAUACUAUCUUGUUUAUUAUUUUUGAGCAAGUGAGCCACUGGGUCACUUUGGCUCAACUGCGAUCCAAAGGAGUGCUUCAGAUCAAAACCUCGGUGAGCUUGUUUGCUAAAAAUGUUUAAAAAAUACGUAACGUGUGCUCAGAGAAGGUCAAGUAUGAGCUGACUCGAGCCGAGUGAAAGUUUGGGUUUUGAGUUUACUUAGAAAAUUUAUUCUAGAUAAUACUUCAGAUUUUUUUUUUAUCUGUUUUUCUUUUUAUAUCUAUACACAAGCUGAGAAUAAUGUGAUACACAGAUUAUACACCGUGGACACAGGAUCUGAUCACAGUUGCUGCUUUCAACUCAGUAGGAUCUGAUGCUAGCAUAAUGAACUCAGAGUUCCUUCAUUUGGUCAGAGCAUAGUGUAAUUUUAAAACUGGUUAAUAAUCCUGGCAUUAACAGAUAUUGCUUCCUGCCCCUGUAACAUAGUAUGUUAAGUAGUGGGGUAUAAUACAGGACAGACAAAACGGCUGUAAGACAUAAUGAUUAAAUUAGUAAUUGUGUCAGCUGCAUCAAACCUAAUGUGAAUAUUUCAGGUUUAGUUCCUGUACCUUUUAUGUGUCGUCGUAUUUUUAACCAAAUGCCUUUUCAAUUAUACUGCCGUGUUUUGUAUAUAUAUAUAUAUAUAAACAAAACUAAACAAUGUUUUUCUGUCUUUUUAUGUUGUACAGUGUUUAUAUGCAAGAAAAAGAUGAUAAUAACAAUGAAUGAUGUCUGUAAAAGUGAUAUUAUUCUAUGCCUUACAACUGAUCCAUGUUCUCUUAAGUGAGUGUUACUGGGGUGUCUUCAUUUUAUUUAGAUUUAGAAGCAGUUUAAGCAUCCAGAUCAAACAUCACACUGUAAGUACAUAUUUAGUAACUUCUGGUAUGUGUCAUGGGAAUCCUUGUAUCUUUGUUUAAUAUUGACAUUGUGCUAGAGUUUUUGGCCAUGCAGUGCUGUGAAAACGUAUUUGGCUCCCUCUGUCUUUGCUUUUCUGUUACAUUUAAAUAUUUUAGAUGAGCAAAUAUUUUAAUUUAUUAUUAUUAUUUUUUCAUCAGACAAAGUCAACCUGAGUAAUUACAAAAUCUUGUUUUUAAAUUAUUAUUUUGUGUUUCAAUGGCAGAAAGCCGUUGGAUUGGACAGCUUUUGUCACUUUGCUCCAUAGAAUAUUUUCUUUCUGAGUGGACAUUUUUUUCUUUUCUUUUUUUUUUUUUUUUGCCAUCAAAUGAAUGUAUAUAAUGACGUGUGCUUGCAAAUACAAAUGGAGAUUUCAGAACCUUAAGUCAGAGUCUCAGCUUAUUUCUGUGGCACUGGGAUAAACAUAAGCAGCUUGAGGAAUCAUGCAAUAAAUACUCACCCUAAUAUUGAACUUUCGUCAUUUGCAGCUCAUAGCAGUGAGUGUGGACAUUAAUUACUGAAUUAUGCAUGUUUUUUUUCUAUUGAAAUCACAAAAGUAUUCAUUUUUCCUGCUUGUAAACUCAACCGCGGUGGGGACGAGAGAGUUUCUGUUUUUCCUGCCGCAGCCAUGUGGUCAGCCUUAGCUUCAUUUGUAUGUUCAGUUUUUUAUGACUGCAAAUAAAGUGUGAAUUUAUCUCUGA